CAUCGAGCAUCAACCGUGGUCCUUUGGAAAUCACAUUUAAUCGGAGCAAGGUGCGGAGCGGCUCCUACGAGCAUACAUCUAUCAAUACUUGCCCAAAAUGGCAUCACGAGCAUCCUCCGCCCGCUCCUCACGGUCAUCCAAACCUCGCCCAGCUCACCACGCCAACAAUUCCGCUACCUUAUUCAGAAAUCCAUGGCCUUCAGCAGAGAAGCCAACUUGGAGCGAGCUCCUGACGAUAUCGAAUCCUUUGAGUUGGUAUAACAAUCACGAUCUCCACAAGGACGAGCGAGCACGUGAGAUCAAGGUCGUGCAACCGGACUGGGGAAUCUCAAGCCCGAAGAACAGGGGGCUGAAGCAAGAGAAUUGUAUAGUUGGGACUUGGUUAGGCCAUGCUGGUGUUAUGGUCGAGUUGCCGCUCGAGGGCGUUCGGAAUGCGAGUAUGUCACGAGCUUCGACGGGAUCUUGGCCAUCUCUUCCAACACAGAGGAAACCUAGCCUUUGGGUACUGUUCGACCCUAUCUUUUCAAUGAGAGCUGGCCCCACGCAGUAUACAGGACCAAGCAGGAUGAAGCCAAGCCCGGUUCAAGCUGCCGACUUACCCGCCUGUGACGCUGUGGUCAUCUCACACAAUCACUACGAUCACCUUGACCUUGUCUCGAUUAAAGCCAUACUUCUGAGGUUUCCCAAAUGCAAAUUCUUUGUUCCUUUGGGAAACAAAACCUGGCUUACGGCGACUGGUGUCCCUUCCGAACAGAUUAAUGAGAUGGACUGGUGGUCUGAUCUUGAGUUCAGCCCUCGAGAUUUUGGUUUCGAGGUUGAGGAAAAUGAUAUGGAUAGUACUGUGCUGAAAUUCACUUGCGUACCAGCUCAGCAUAACUCAGGAAGAGGAACUUUGGAUCAAGGAAGCACUUUGUGGAGUGGAUGGGUCAUCGAACAAUUCUUGCAUCCAAAGAUCGAAGAAUCCGAUAAGUUGGUGGUGCGAAGGACGAGAAAGGGAGGCAUCUAUCACGCAGGAGAUACAGGUUAUCGCAGAACGGCAAAGUCAGAGGAAGUCUGCCCCAUAUUCGAGGAGAUAGGAAAAAAGCUUGGCCCAUUCGACCUCUCAUUUAUACCAAUCUGGAGAGGCGGGACCCUAAGCUUCAUCUCGUAUAUCGGACUGCGAUUAUCUCACCAAGAAAUACCUUCGGCAUUUCACGCAUCACCAGCAGACGCUAUCGAUAUACACAAAGUUGUCAAGUCGAAGAACACCGUUGGCGUUCAUUUUGGAACUUUCAUUGGCUCAGUGAACGAGUCGUAUGAGGCGACGAUUGAAUUUGAUGAAGCCCGUGAGAAGCAGGGAGUGGCGAAGCUAGAGGACUCGUCACAAGCUGAGCAUGGCCGAGCUGGUCUGAUAGAUAUUGGCGAGAGCAUAGCGAUUGAGAUUGAGACUAGAUAGAACAGUGAUACCAUGUGCUUGUCGAAUCUUUGUGUUUCUGAUUAUCUGUACAUAGAAUCGUUCGGCUGCUUCCGCGAAAUCAAUGCCUUCC